UUAUCAAAAAAAUAAAAAAUGAAAAAUUCAUUCUGAACAUUUGAACGUCGUUUUUAGCUCUCGUUUAUUUUCAUUUUCCAAUAUUUUAUUAAUUAUUUAUCUCUUCAAUACGCCUAUUUGGAUACUGCUUCUCGUAUAAUGAAUCCUACCAGAGCUUUACCUCAAAGCAAAGAAGCUUUACUGAAGUCUUAUAAUAGUCGACUUAAAGGUGACGUGAAAUCGAUGCUAGAUAAUUUUGAAGAUAUCGUGAAGCUUUGUAAAACAGAACACGACAUACAAAUCUCUCGUAUGAUACAGUGUGAGCUUGAUGCUUACGAAAUGCAAGUUCGAUCAGCUAAUAUGGUCAGAGCAGCCGAAUCUCUCUUGAAAUUAGUAUCCGAUAUAAAGCAGUAUUUGAUUCUGAACGACUUUCCUUCGGUUAACGAGGCCAUCAUGCAAAACUCGAAGGUGUUUCGUGCCAAACAAGGUGAAUGUGAUCAAAAGCUAAUGAAUCUGAGAGACGAUAUGGCUGCCGAUGUUCAUGAUUUGGAAGAAGAUUAUUAUACUUCGAAUUAUAAGUGUUGAGAAAAUUUAGGACGUAUUUCAUCGAAGUGCUUUUCGCCAAACAGCUGAGCUGAGUCAAUCGGUACAUGAAACAACAAACAUGAAAGAAAUGUUCGAGGAAUAUCAAUGUAUACUUUGCUAAUUUAUAUUCUCCAUUGUUCGUAAUGAUUCGUAAACAAUAUUGAAAACACCUAUACUCUGUCCACUGUCCAGUAUGCAAUUUUAUGGGUCAUUCUUAUCAGUGUUUGAUUUAUUUGGUAAUUGAAUUUUGUUACUUGUCUUCUUUUAUUUUUCAAAUUAUAUUUUAAUCUGUA